UGCCAGCACCGGCCCUCGAGAUGAAGAAGCUUCAGGGAGCUCAGCUCCGCAAGCCUGUCACCCCAGACCUGCUGAUGACCCCCAGUGACCAGGGCGAUGUGGACCUAGACGUGGACUUUGCUACAGACCGGGGCAACUGGACAGGCAAGCUGGACUUCCUGCUGUCCUGCAUCGGCUACUGUGUGGGCCUGGGCAAUGUCUGGCGCUUCCCCUAUCGAGCCUACACCAAUGGAGGAGGUGCCUUCCUUGUGCCCUACUUCCUCAUGCUGGCCAUCUGUGGCAUUCCCCUCUUUUUCCUGGAGCUCUCCCUGGGCCAGUUUUCCAGCUUGGGACCCCUGGCCGUCUGGAAAAUCAGCCCCCUCUUCAAAGGUGCCGGCGCCGCCAUGCUGCUCAUCGUAGGCCUGGUGGCCAUCUACUACAACAUGAUCAUCGCCUACGUCCUGUUCUACCUCUUCGCCUCCCUCACCAGCACCCUGCCCUGGGAGCACUGCGGCAACUGGUGGAACACGGAGCUCUGCCUCGAGCACAGAGGUGCCAAGCACAGCAACAGUGCACUGCCCCUCAACCUCUCCAGCACCGUGAGCCCCAGCGAGGAGUACUGGAGCCGCUAUGUCCUCCACAUCCAAGGCAGCCAAGGCAUCGGCAGCCCUGGGGAAAUCCGCUGGAACCUCUGCCUCUGCCUGCUGUUGGCCUGGGUCAUCGUGUUCCUCUGUAUCCUCAAGGGUGUCAAGUCCUCCGGCAAGGUGGUGUAUUUCACAGCCACAUUCCCCUACAUCAUCCUGCUCAUGCUGCUGGUCCGUGGAGUGACCCUCCCAGGGGCCUGGAAGGGCAUCCAGUUCUACCUAACGCCCCAGUUCCACCACCUGUUGUCUUCCAAGGUAUGGAUCGAAGCUGCUCUUCAAAUCUUCUACUCCCUGGGUGUGGGCUUCGGGGGUCUUCUCACCUUUGCCUCCUACAACACAUUUCACCAGAACAUCUAUAGAGACACCUUCAUCGUCACUCUGGGCAAUGCCAUCACCAGCAUCCUGGCUGGCUUUGCCAUCUUCUCUGUGCUGGGCUACAUGUCGCAGGAGCUGGGCGUGCCUGUGGACCAAGUAGCGAAAGCAGGCCCCGGCCUGGCCUUUGUAGUCUACCCGCAGGCCAUGACCAUGCUGCCUCUAUCGCCCUUCUGGUCUUUCCUCUUCUUCUUCAUGCUUCUGACGCUUGGCUUGGAUAGCCAGUUUGCCUUUCUGGAGACCAUUGUGACAGCAGUGACAGACGAGUUCCCCUACUACCUGCGGCCCAAGAAGGCAGUGUUCUCAGGCCUCAUCUGUGUGUCCAUGUACCUGAUGGGGCUGAUCCUCACCACUGAUGGGGGCAUGUACUGGCUCGUCCUUCUGGAUGACUACAGCGCCAGCUUCGGGCUAAUGGUGGUGGUGAUCACCACAUGCCUUGCCGUCACCCGGGUUUACGGCAUCCAGAGGUUCUGCCGGGACAUCCACAUGAUGCUGGGCUUCAAGCCGGGCCUCUACUUCAGGGCCUGCUGGCUGUUCCUGUCCCCAGCCACACUCCUGGCCUUGCUGGUGUAUAGCAUCGUCAAGUACCAGCCCUCAGAAUAUGGCAGCUACCGCUUCCCUGCCUGGGCCGAGCUGCUAGGCAUCCUGAUGGGCCUGCUGUCCUGCCUCAUGAUCCCCGCUGGCAUGCUGGUAGCUGUGCUUCAAGAGGAGGGCUCACUGUGGGAGAGGCUCCAGCAGGCCAGCCGGCCAGCCAUGGACUGGGGCCCGUCACUGGAGGAGAACCGGACAGGCAUGUACGUGGCCACACUAGCCGGGAGCCAGUCACCCAAGCCGCUGAUGGUGCACAUGCGCAAGUAUGGGGGCAUCACCAGCUUUGAGAACACAGCCAUCGAGGUGGACCGCGAAAUUGCAGAGGAAGAGGAGUCCAUGAUGUGAGGCUAGAGACGGGUGGUCAGCAGGCCCUCUACCUGGGGUCUCACAGCCCUGCCAGUGAGCCUGCCAGGUGCAACAGCACUGCUGGGAUUCUGAGAGUCUGGGAGAGGUUGCCAUAUGGUCCCUACUGCAAUUGUGCCUGUGACCUGUGCCUGUCCCAAAGCCUCUGUCUGGUGCCCUCCCUGACACACGUACACACAGUGCAGCCCUCACUGUGUAGAAGGACAUUUAAGGCCAGUGAGGGAGGGACCGGCCCCAGGUCACAUGGCAGAGAGGACUUGGUCCCUGGCCUCUGGUCCAGCCCACAUCCUUUCCCCACAUUGCCUCCUCUCUCUGGGGCCCAGCCUUUCUCUGUGCUGGGCAGCCAUCCUCACUCUCACAUACAGCCUGUGUACCAGGACACUGGGAAGAUUGCAGAGCUGCCAAAGCCCUGGAUGUUGGGGACUCAGUGGGGAGGAAGAUCCCUGUGGAUUCCUGAGUGCAGGCCAGGCUUCCCAAAAAUAGGAACAGCGGGCACUGGAGGAAGGGAAAUUUUCAAAAAAAAAGAGAGGGAGGCACCUCAGCCAGAGCUGCUCCCUGGGGCCAGGGGAGGCCAGGCUGCCCCUGUGUAGCCCCUGCAUGGCUGGAGAUGUUGAUGGCGGCAGCUUUCAGGGCACUCUGGUCCCAGUGAGGACCGGGGAGGGGAGCUGGGGCAGCAGGUGGGAGGGGAACUGCAUGAUACCUGACAUCACUUGGAGUCUCUGCAGGGAGUACUAGGCGACAGGGUGGACACGGGAGGCCUGAGUUAGGGCACUGGGUGGAGACAGGAAGACAGGAGGCUCCAGACCCUAUACCAGGGUGUGGCAGGGAGGUCUGAGAGUCACAGCUGUGCGGGUGGGACGAGGGCUGUGGUCAGGACCCAGGCUCGCCGUCUUCCCUUCCCUUCAUCCCAGAGGACCUCACCAUCACCCCCAGCUCCAGGUGCUGCUGGGGCAUUAGCCAUGGCUGUGAGUGACCGGAGAAUCUGUGGGAUGCAGAGGCAGCCCGCAUGUGGUCAUCUGUCCUGAUGCCAUGUGCCAUGCCCCGGGCCCAGUGUGAGAGCCUAGGCAGAGAUUGGGGUGGUCUGGGGUGCCUGGGCCCUCUGAGGUGAAGGUGGGGCCAGCCUGAGUGGUUUCCUGCUCACAGCAUCCUCCAGGGGGCGGGGCACCUGGUGCAGCUGCAGUGGCCUCUGUGCCCCAUCUCCUGGCAUCUCCCAGCCCAUCUGUGUCCUGCUUGUUGAGCGUUAAUAAACACCAGAUG